AUGCUCGUCCUCGUCUUGCCUUUCAUCCUUGGAGCCAGCGCCAUCGAGCCAUGCGUGCCCUACAUCAGUGAAAUAUCAAAUUUCACCUUUGGGAACUCCAGGGAUUUGCAAUUCAUUGAACUGCAAGUCGCGGAAAGUUGCCGUACAAAUCGUAAGGCCAUGCAGGAAAUGAUCUUCAGCGAUUACGGCCUUGUCAUUCUUCACACAAAAUCACGAGAGAAAGGAGAUCGCUUAGCAUUUGAGAUGAAGACAUUCGUGAAGUUUGCGAGAUCGCUCUGGCCCAAGCAACGCCAUGAAACCAACGCAAAGAGAGGUGGCCGCAGAGUUGCCGAUGAAUUUCUUGCCUUCUUUGUAGUGGGUGGGCCAGCUACACUUGCUCCUCCUGUAACCGCUGGUGAUCGCUCUGGAGAAGCGAUUAACUGGGAUAUGUACACAAGCGAUAUCGGUGUCAAGUGCGGAUCUCUUAUCAAUUGGCCGCACUGCGAGCAGGCAAUGCCUCAGGGACAAGGAUCUUUAGACAGGCGAUUAUAUUUUCAAUUACAAUAG